UACUGUCAGCUGCCAGCAGACCAGCCAAGAAAGCUGGCGGAGAUAGCUGCAGGUAGAAGGGAUCAAACCAUACAUCAACAAAACGCGUUUUUGGGAAAUACUUAUGGCCAUGGAAAACAACGUCCCUGUUGAACUAGCCUCAAAGAAAAAUAUUAAUAUCGCCAGAAACUAAACGUUGACGUUACGUCGUGAGAAAAUUAGUCAGUCAAAACGUGUGCAACACCUUGUGCUUGGCAGAAGAAAAGCCCGUUGUCACCGUUUUGUGGACGACACGCGUUUUCCUAAGGAACUUCGAAGAUAGCGGCCCGUUUUCAGACCAGCCACAAACAAUGAAACCAGCUAAAAGAGCAUUGGAGGAGGAACGAGGUGGAGAGACAGAAUAUUCAGCCAUGUCAGACAGCGACGGAGGUGAAGAUGAGGGUUACCCCUUGGACCUGUCCAGUGGGGGGACCGGAGGGGUAGGGGGUUCUGGGAAGCGCCGUCGCCGUGGGAACUUGCCCAAGGAAGCGGUGCAGGUCCUGAAGAGUUGGCUGUACGAUCACCGCUUCAACGCCUACCCCUCUGAGCAGGAGAAACUCAGCCUCUCCGGACAGACCAACCUCUCCGUGCUUCAGAUCUGUAACUGGUUCAUCAAUGCACGGAGACGCCUGCUGCCUGACCUGCUGCGUAAGGACGGAAAGGACCCCACCCAGUUCACCAUCUCCCGCCGCGCCGGCAAGUCAGAGGGACGCCACUCCAGUGGUGGCAGCGCAGCAGGAGGGCCCAGCUCCCCAGAGAGCCCCACGCCCCCCUCGCUCCCUGCCCUACGCCCCUCCGUCAUCCGGCCCGCUCCCACGCUCGACCUCAGCCUCCUGGGCAACACCGCCACGGCCAUCCUGACCGGUGCCGGCUGCCUGCCAGGGAGGGACGGGCCCGUGCGAGCCCUCAUGCAGGUGGAUGCGCAGGGUCUGCUGAAGGAGGCCCAUCCCGGGCACCGGAGCGAAGAGCAGUCCCCCUUCACCGCCACUCACCCGAGCCCCAUCCCAUCCGCUGUGACCUCUAUACCUCCCCCUGCUCACACCACCACCUCCAUUCCCAGCCUGGGCACAGCGAGCCCAACAGGGGGUCUCUUCAACACGCCUCCCCCAACCCCGCCGGAGCUCUGCCCCUCGCAGGACUUCAGCGACCUGAAGCUGCUGGUGGAAGCUGCGCUACAGCGGGCCGCCGAGCAAGAGCAUCAGAAGAGGCAGCAGGAGAAGCAGACGGCGCCGCCAGCGUUGGCCACACCAUCCCCCGAUACGACCAUCAAGAGCGCCCAGCCGGAGCCCUGCAUAGUCAGAGCCAGCAAACCAGACCAGGCCCCCGCUGCCACCCCAAACAGGGACUCCACCAUCCAGUUGAGUCAGCUGGAGAAGACCGUGCAUCCGGUGUCUGUCCCAGUGUUUGGUUCCCAGUCCCCUCUCUCCCAAGCUAUGCAGGGUGGGGGCGCCGCUGUCAUGGCGGGAUCUGCCGCCUGCCAAGCCGGUACGUGGAGUGUGGUGCGUAGCGAUGUCAGACAGGCAGCCACCGCCACCACCCCUGGUGCUACAGCAGCCGUGUGGAGCCACUCCCUGCACACAGUCUCUGAGAAGGUCAACUAAAGCGCAUCAGUAUGUGUGUGUGAAGGGAGAGGGGAAAAAGUGAAAACUUUACACAGCUAAACAAAACUCCAGGGACUCGCUAACAUUCCCAAUCCUCAAUCCCCAAAAACCCCCUGUCUCUAACUGACAUUUCACCUCUGCCUCUGGCAUCGCCUCUGGCCACGUGUGUCCCUGCAUCUUAAGAGGGUUUCUACUGGUUAAAAAAACAAUGGCAGGGCCUCACAUGUUUCUUUCCUAAGAGGAGGCAGUUGUGCCAUUUGAGAGACUUGUUGAGUAAAGGCCAGCUGUGGUAGUUGUCUCCUAGCUUAAGCCCCACGGUGGGGAGAGACGGCUCCUGUUCUUAGCAUCCCCUAGUGGAGGACAUGCCCUAACAGGUGGCCUCUUCAGAAGUGCUUUUUACACAAAGGUUUAUCAGGACAUUUUAGGACUUUGUAACGUUUUUUUUCUUUGUUUGUUGUUUUUUUGUUUUUGUUUUUUCAUGAAGGAGGUGGUGGGAGUCAGUGGGUCAGAUCAGAAACACUCCUUAAACCAGAACUCUGUAGCAAAAAACAUGCAAGGACUUUGAUUCUUUAGACACACUACAAGUUCUCCUCAUGCUUUGGACCAAGACGGGAAUCGCUGGAAGAAUCCAUAUUACAAAUACACUAGGCAUUUUUUAAUUUCCUCCUCACUGUAACUCAUUUUGGACUGUGAAUGGACCAUCUUGUGAAGUCAUGAUUUAUUUUUUUGACAUAGCAAGCAAAUUCUACCAGCAUAGCAGAGCCACAGUGCUGUCAUGCAAUAGACUUUACACAUCUGAAUGCUGUUCUCUGUUAGUUACUGUAUUUCACACCAAUGUCACCAGCAACACUCAUGAAUGAAUGUGUGUGUGUGUGUGUGUGUGUGUGUGUGUGUUUUUGAAUGACUGCGUGAUUGAGUUUCUGUUGUCAUACAUUCUGCACUUUAUUUCUUUGUCAGAUCAUGAUCACAUGGGCCCAAUUCAUUUUUUUUUUUGGUUUAUUUUUGGCCGGGUUUCGAAAGAACCAACUUGACUUCAACCACACUGAUUAUGAUCUCUACACACAACUCUGCGUUGUAUGCUAGAGCAGGUGUGAGAUGUACAGGUAUAGUGACUGAGUUAAGUCUUUUGAAAUGGAAGAAUAUAAGAAAACGUGGGACCUAAAGAACACUGAGUCCAUUUUAUUGUAAGUGUGAAAAACUGUACUAAAAUGGAUUUCCAGCGUAGAGAAAGGAAAUCUGAAAAUCUCCUCCUAAUAGGUGGCUGGAAGCAGGGUUGGCUGUCUGAGAGCUGGGUCUUGUUUGGGUUUAGUUGGCCUUUGUUGUCUUCAGCCCUGGCACCACCUCGGAGUCGCCUCCUCUGCAGCUUGUAGGGAGAGCUGGAAAAGAAGGAAUGGGGAAGGCGGAAAUGGAUCGCCCCGCAGAGGACCUAACUCAGUUCAGUCAUGGCUGUCAGUGCCGCAAAGUGUCAGAUUUAAAGGGACCAUGUUCUAUUAGCCACUGAAGGCUGUGGUGUUGUCAUCACCAAAGUCACCACCUGGCUCUGCUAUGAGUAUAGAAAAAGGCUUGCUUGUGUCUGUCUGUGUAUGUGUGUGCGUGUGCACGUUUGUUGGAGAGCGAUUGUAAAGGAGCAACAUUUCUUGCGCACGCUUAGAGAUCAACAACUCUUGGUCAGUGUUCAUUUCCGUAUCUAUGGCAUUGAAGUGGUCUUGAUGACUUGUAUGUAGCCUAGUUAUGUGGUAUUUCAGUUAGUAAAUUCAGCUGAGAUUGUUUGGGGUUAGCUGAACGAGUGGAGAGCUUAGGAAAGUGAGCAUCAUGGUUGUUUGGGCUUGUUUGGCAAAAUCUCCUGAAGGCUGUUUGGCUGUCACUAUGGAUUUUUAAGGAAUGGAUCACUGCUUCAGUCGCAACCAUUUUGGUGUGGAAAUGUAGUGGACUGGUUGAAAUCUGUGCUCAAUUGUUUAAGCUGCGACUUGGGAUGGCCCCUGAAAUAUUUGGCUAAAACACUAGCUCUUCACCUGAUCCGUGGGCAUCAAUCAUUUCUUCCAAGCCCUUAGGUGUCCCUUGUGACAAAGCAUUCAGAUAAUUGACAACCCUCCCCCUAUUGUUUUUUUUUUAUUGAACAACAUUUUGGCCUCAAGUUGAGAGUUAUUGAUUGUAUUAGACGUCAGCACCAAAUAUGCCUGUAGACAUCUGAGAAUGUUCACCAUCCUUCGUGAAUUUCAACUGUCAAGUAUUAGUGUGAGUGUGUGUUGUUUUUUUUUUUUUGUUUUUUUUUGCUUUGGUGUCGACAAACCCGUAAACCCAGGUAUCACUUGACUCUGGAACAAAUGUGGCCCAGAUCUGGCGGUUGCUGUCAGAGCUUGGAUCAGAUUGUAACCUGGCUUUGGCAUACCAAUCUCUCCCUUCUCCCUAGGGCAUUUCUUCAUGUACCACUUUCAUCCUCUAGAGGGCCUCCUCCUCCUCCUCCUCCUCCAUUCCAUUCUAUUUGUUCUGUGGUCGUAGUUUCAAUGAAACGGAUAAGUGACGUGUCCUUGGUUAGCACCCUCUGUAGCUGCUCUGUUUUCUCCGGCAGAGCCCUUCUGACUGAUCUGUUUUAAGAUGUCUGUCUGUCUGCCUCUGUCUAGGAAGCCUGUUUCGAGGUCUGGUAAAAUACACGGUUCCCCGCAUUUGAUGCAUUUUUUUUCAGUAUUGUUUCUCCUUUUUGUCCGACAGAUAGGAAAUCAAAGGUCUUUCUGUUUUAAGUGUGUGUGUGGCGUGCUCUCCUAGGUUUUCUCCUGAUGUCCAGUCAUUUUUUUGUUUUUGUUUUUUUUGGUUCCCCCUGCCCCUCUGCAUGAACUGAAACUGUAUAAAGCCAGCACUACAGGUGAAGGGUGGCCGUGGCUCCCCUGAGCCAUGUGUCAGUCUGUCUGUCUGGCCCUUGUGAGCGGCCCUGUUGCGGCUUUCUCCGGAGAAAGCUUAAUUCUAUCAUUCUGUGUAUGCUUUAAAUAGUUUAACUGAAUGUAUGUACAAAAAAAAUGACCUUUUAUGUGUCCAGAACAUUCGUCUUUCCAAGGUGGUAGGUGUGCUCAGCAGGGCUUAAGCCUCUUGGCGUAUGACGGAUGGACCACUGUUCACAUAGGGUUUUAAAAUCCAUUUCGUUUUAAUGCAUGUUUUAAAAGUGUAGGCCUAAUCCUCUUUAGAUGGUGAGUUACCCUCAGGACCAGAAGUAAGUCUCGCAGUUUGAGGACCAUUCCCCCUAGCCCGCGCAGCGACAGUGACACAAAGCUGGUGUUACCACUAUUCAAAUCCACUGUGACCAUUCCUCCUUGUUACUGAUGUACUGGAAACCAUUGGAUACUGGAUAAAUAUAUAUGAAUAUAUUUUUUAAAUGUUUAUAUUUUUUCACCGCUGUAGAAUGACUAAUGGUUAAACUCCUGAUUAUAGUUGUUCAGAGAAUGGGUCCUAGAUGCCAACGUGAAAUGCAUGUGUAUAUGUGUAUAUAUAUCUAUAUCUUUGGGUCAAGUUUUUUUGUCUGUUGGCAUAAUGCUUCUACAGAAAUGAAACGUGUAGCUUUUUUCCCAGUAUGACCAAAUGCAUUAUGAUGGAUAUGUUGUAUAUUUUUAAUUUCAGUGCAUCAUGGAUUAAGUUCAGGCAGUGAAACUGGCAUUAGUGCCUUAACUGGGAUCAAGGGAACCUUCCCUGCCUUCAUAGAAACUUGGAGUAGUCAGUGCAAUAUAUGCCUUAAACGUUUUUGUUUCAUUUUGUUUUCUACAAACAUUUCAGAGAAAUAAAACUCAUUUUCGUAA